UCACUGUCUGUCCAUCUAUCGAACACCUCUGUGAUGUUUUUAAGCCGCAUUUCCAAGUAAACUGGUCACGGUCGGGCAGGGAAAAUUUGACCUGAUGGGUGGGAAGAAGAAGAAGCCGGCGCCUCAAGUUGCGGCGGCAGCAGCGGACGGUUCUGGUUCUUCUGCUGCGGGGACCGGUGCGGUGGAGAACCCGAAGAAACACGCAGCCAACAGCAAAGCGAACAAACCGGCCAAAGAGAGCAAGUCCAAAGCUCCAAAGACUUACAGUCUUACUGGAACAGCCCAGGUGGACACAGGUGGGGUUUCAGACAAGUCCAUCCUUAAAGUGUCCAUUCAAGUGGAUCUGGAGAAAAAGAUCAUCAAGCUGAUCAAUGACUUUCAACAGAACAACGGGGACAAAGGACCCAUAUCUGGCAGACUUACAAGCAAAAAACUCCUGGACCUGUAUACAGCUCUGCAGAAGUUCCACUUUAAGCGAGAACACAUCGAAGAGGCAAUGAAGAGCACUAUCCUGUAUGGAGGAGAUCUCCACUCCGCUCUCGACUGGCUCUGCCUCAACCUUAAAGACGAGGAGUUGCCAGAUGGGUUUAGCCAGCAGCUGCAGGAGGAGAACCAGAAGAAUCGUCCCAAGUUCCAGCCUCCUCCUCAGCAGAGACCUGCAGCUCAGAGCCCCAAAGUGUCCAUCGACGCCCGCAAAGAGGCGCCUAAGGUCACAGAGAAGGACGAAGCUGCGAGCAUGAAGGACUGGAUCUUAAGGUACGCCGAGCAAAGCAGCGACGAGGAGGAGGAAGAAGAGGAGGAACAGACACGCAAUCCUGAGCUGGAGGAAAAGUUUGAUCCAAAUGACAGGUAUUUGAUCCUGACUGCUCAGCUGUAUGACGCUAAAGAAAUGGCAGCUGACUCUAAGAUUAAAGGAGACAAGAUGGGCCAAAGAACAGCACAGGACCGUAUACGGGUCAUACAGCAAGAAAUGAAACAGCUGGAGUCCCAUCCCAUUUUCAAUGCUGCCAUCAAAGUAGUGGAUGCACCUCAGAAAGAAAAGAAGGCACUUCCUGUCACCGAGGACAAAGAGGACCUCAGCUUUAAUUUGUUUGAACGAGCAGAGAAGGAGCCGCCUGCAGAGAAAGGUUUGUUUUUUACUGCUCUCGCAGUUGUGAAAAAGAACGAACCGAAGGACAUUCGUAACUUUGACUACACGGCUCGCAGCUGGACAGGAAAGUCUCCCAAACAGUUUCUGAUCGACUGGGUCCGAAAGAACCUACCCAAAAGUCCAGCGCCUUCUUUUCAAAAGGUUGCUGCCGGCAGAUACUGGAGAUGCAAGGCACGGGUUCAGAGAGCAGAAGAUGUGUUGGAAGUUUGUCCGACCAUCCUGACGGAGGACAGCAUGCAGGCGCAGCAUCUGGCUGCCACUCUGGCUCUCUACAGCCUGGUUAAAGGGCAGUCGGUGCAUCAGCUGCUCCCUCCGACCUACAGAGACGUGUGGCUGGAGUGGAGAGACAGCGAGCAGCAGCAGCAGGAGGCGAGCCGCUCCGCCGCCAACAAGCCUCGAGACCAGUUCAUUUCCCGACUCCUGACUCGACUCAAACAGCAGCAGCAGCAGCAGGACCCGGGUCAGGGGCAGCAGAGUGCAUCCCGGGGGCAGCGCAGGCUGAGUGGGUCCGGCGAGGACGAGCCGGAGGAAUCCUGGGAGAACCUGGCCGCUCUGGACAUCAGCGAGAGAGGAGAGGGAGUGGAAGAGAAGAGUGAGAAAAGUGGAGGGAGGAGGGGAGAGGCAGCGGCGCUCGAAGCAGCCAGAGAGCUCCUCCUGAAGCAGAAAGAGUCUCCCCUCGCCCUCAAGCUGCGGGCAGAGCGAGAGCAGCUUCCAGUCUUUCAGCACAGGCUCCGCGUCCUGGAGGCUCUGCAGCGCCACCCGGUGGUGGUGGUGGCCGGCGAGACGGGCAGCGGGAAGAGCACUCAGAUCCCUCAGUUCCUCCUGGAGGAGAUGUUGACCCAGGGCCGAGCGGCUCGGCCCUGCAACAUCGUGGUGACCCAGCCCCGCAGGAUCUCAGCCAUGAGCCUCGCCUGUAGAGUCAGCCAGGAGCUGGGCAGCGACGACGGACCAGGCUCCAAGUCGUCGCUGUGCGGAUACCAGAUCAGAAUGGAGAACCAGUCCGGGGACUGGACCCGUCUGCUCUACUGCACCACCGGAGUUCUGCUGAGGAAACUCCAACACGACCGGCACCUCAGCUCGCUGACUCACAUUAUAGUGGAUGAGGUCCACGAGCGCAGCGUCCAGUCUGACUUCCUGCUGACCAUCCUGAAAGAUGUGGUGAUGAGGAGAUCGGACCUGCAGCUCAUCCUCAUGAGCGCCACGGUGGACUGCCACAAAUUCUCCAACUACUUCAACCGCUGCCCGGUGAUAACCAUCCCAGGCCGGACGUUCCCAGUGGAGGUGUCUCAUUUGGAGGAUAUAGUGGAGCAGACCGGGUACAUUCUGGAAAAGGAUUCCGAGUACUGCCAGAAAAUUUUAGAAGAAGAAGAAGAAGUCUCCAUCUGUGUCACACAAAAAGGCGGCAAAGCUUUGCAGCACCAGGAGGUUAUAAUGAGGGGGGACUCCUCCGGCUGGGAUCUGGGUCCUGACCUCGACCACUUCAGCAGCAGAACCCGGCAGGUGCUGCAGUACAUGAACCCCAACAAGAUCAACAUGGACCUGCUCGUAGACCUCCUUGACUACCUGGAUAAAUCCCCGCAGUUUGCAGACAUGGAUGGAGCCGUGCUCGUCUUCCUCCCAGGUCUGGCUCACAUCCAGCAGCUGUACGACCUGCUCUCUUCAGACAAGAGGUUUCGGGACAAAAAUAGGUACAGGAUCGUCGCUCUGCACUCAACUCUUUCAUCUAAAGACCAAGCAGCUGCCUUCACAGUGCCCCCUGCUGGAGUCAGAAAGGUUGUGUUGUCGACCAACAUCGCAGAGACAGGUGUGACUAUUCCUGAUGUGGUGUUUGUUAUUGACAGUGGGAAGACUAAAGAAAACAAGUACCACGAGAGCAGCCAGAUGAGUUCUCUGGUCGAGACAUUUGUCUCCAAAGCCAGCGCCCUCCAGAGGCAGGGGAGAGCAGGACGGGUCCGAAGUGGCUUCUGCUUCAGACUCUACCCCAAAUACAGGUUUGAUUCCUUCAUGGAUUAUUCUGUUCCAGAGAUUCUGCGGGUCCCACUGGAGGAGCUCUGUCUUCACAUCAUGAAAUGUCAGUACGGCUCCCCGGAGGACUUUCUGAGCCGAGCCUUGGAUGCUCCUCAGCCCCAGUCAGUCAGCAACGCUGUCAACCUGCUGAGGAAGAUCGGUGCGUGUCAGCCCAGCUGUCACGUCCUCACCCCUCUGGGACAUCACUUAGCAAGUCUGCCAGUCAACGUGAAGAUCGGCAAGAUGCUCAUCUAUGGAGCCAUCCUCGGCUGCCUGGAGCCCAUAGCAACUAUCGCAGCAGCCAUCACAGAGAAGUCUCCUUUUUCCACACCGAUGAAUCGAAAAGAGGAAGCUAACUUGGCUAAGUCUGCUCUGGCGUUGGCAAACUCGGAUCACCUGACCAUAUACAACGCAUAUCUGGGGUGGAAGAACUCACAGGCUGAGGGGCUGAGGACAGAGCUGUCCUACUGCAGGAAACAUUUCCUCAAUCGAACAGCUCUCAUCACAAUAGAGGACGUGAAGCACGAGCUGAUGAAGAUGAUGGAGCAGGCAGGUUUCUGGUCGUCCCGCUCCUCUUCCUCCCGCCCGAAGCGGCGGGCAGACCCGCCGUCCCGGCAGGACAUCUCGGUCCUGUUGGCAGCGCUGUCAGCGGGGCUGUACGACAGCGUGGCCCGGCUGCUGUGCAAGCCCUCGGUGGACGGGCUGGAGCGUGUGGCGUGCACCGUGGAGACGCCUCAGGGCAAGGCUCAGGUCCACCCUUCAUCCGUUAACCGCAACCUGCAGACACAUGGCUGGCUGCUGUACCAGGAGAAGGUUAAAUACACUAAGAUCUACCUGCGAGACACGACCCUGAUUCCUCCGUUCCCUCUGCUGCUGUUCGGAGGCGACAUCGACAUUCAGCACCGGGAGAAGCUCAUCACGUUAGACGGAUGGAUCCACUUUCAGGCUCCAGUACGAAUUGGUGUGAUCUUCAAACAUCUGAGGAAACUGAUGGAUUCCUUGCUGGAAAAGAAGCUGGAGAACCCCAGGAUGAAUCUCGAAGAUGACUCAACCAUCCAGGUGAUCCUGGAUCUGAUCAGAUCGGAGCAGGAUGUGUGACAACCCAGGAGAACCUGCACGUCCUUUCAGACAUCGGCCUCGAGUUGUCCAGAAAAAUCUGAACUCUGGAUCAACACCUGCAGAAACAUUUAAUUCCCAUUGAGGAGGAAUAUAGAGGAAGAAAAAAACAGAAAGGCAGAAAAAUGAACAUUAAUGUUGCCAAUUUAGAUAUUUUUGUUUGUUUUGAGAUGAUUGUUUUAUGUGGACCAUCAACAUAAAAUUAUAUACAGUGGGGUGCGAAAGCUUGUGCACCCUU